UACAUCUCCGCCGAGGGCUGCGAAGCCGCAGUCUCCCAAGCCGUCAGUACCAGACCAACCCCAAAGGAGGGAGACAGGGUCACCUCAUAGUGCGCUUCAGCCGGCUCAGCUGAUUCCCACCGGUCAUAUACCGAGGGCUAAGGUAGGCGCGCGUGUUCAAGCGGCGCAGCAGUCAUUCCACUCAUUGCGCUUCGGGACUCGGAGCAGUCCUGAGCCUGAACAAUGAGAUCAGGCCACUGUUGGUGCACCGGAGGAAAGACUACGAAUGGCGCCAAUUCGUGUCUCUCCUACAGCUGUGAUCAUGGUCAGAUCAGGCAAUGGGUCUUAUGUUAAAGCUAGGGCUUUGCUUGACUCGGGAGCGGGGUGCUCCGUAGUGAAGAAAUCAUUUGUAGAAAGAUUCAAAGUACACCAACAGUUUACUGGGAAUAAUAUUUUUGGAGUAGGUGACAUAAAGGUAAAUGUGCCAGGCACGAUUGCUAAGCUUGUAUUCAAACCACGCGGGAAAACAGUGCCUAUCAUCAGUGUAGUAGCUACAGUCAUGUACAGGGUUACGGGAAACAUACCUUAUUAUGAUACUGAGAUCAGGACUCAUUUGGAUUCAUCAAAACUUGAAUUAGCUGACCCUGCCUUGGAUAAAUCGCAGGAUGUGGACAUCAUUCUAGGAACGGAUGUGCUCAAUUAUAUAUACACUGGUUCAAAGAUACUCACUAACAUUCCAGGUGUUGAGGCGUACGGCACCUGCUUCGGUCACGUGCUGAUGGGGGCAACUUGGAAUUACCCAUCAUCAUUAACAACACCGACCGCCGGGACAUCAGUAGAGGACUACGGCAUCCAUGCUACUCGGCUCGAGGACGUCCUAGAAAGGUUUUGGAGAGUGGAGCAGCCCCCCGAGGAGCGGCCGCAACACCCAGAACACCUCGAAUGUGAAAGGUUGUAUACCUCCACUACUCAACGUUUAGAUAAUGGCCAAUUCAUGGUGCGGUUGCCGCUGCGGGCAGACCGACCCAAGCUGGGCGAGUCUAGGGCUCUAGCCAUGCGUAGACUGAUUUCGUUGGAGGCCAGGCUGGCCAAAAAUCCAGUAUUUGCUGAAAAAUAUAAGGAAUUCAUGAGGGACUAUGAGGCACUUGGUCAUAUGUCCAAAUCAGACUUUAAUUUCGAGAGCGAACACUAUGUAAUACCCCACCACGGAAUUUUCAAAAAGGGAUCCGAAAAGAUCCGCGUCGUAUAUAACGCUGCAGCUAACUCAAGCACCGGAGUAUCGCUCAAUCAAUGCCUUCACUCAGGCAAACCGCUUCAAAAUGAUAUCACUCAAAUAUUGUUAAAUUUCAGACGUCAUCAAGUUGUCUUCACGACCGACAUCAGAAUGAUGUUCCGGCAAACGUGGAUACACCCCAGCGAUAGGCGCUAUCAGCUGAUUCUGUGGCGCGAGGAUCCGUCGCAGGAUGUACAGAUGGAUUACAGUGGGAUGAGCCACUGUCCCAUACUCAAGACCUUCAAUGGAAUGAACUCAUUCAAGAUCUACAUCACUUGAGUCAGCUACAGAUUCCGCGGUG